AUGGCUCAGUACUUUCUGGACCUACUAUAUACCCUCACAAACUGCAUGAGCUGUUUUCCGGGCUCUCCGCAGCUGAAGAUCAAUAAUCGCAGUUUCAAGAUCUUGCGGUUACUGGGCGAGGGCGGCUUCUCAUAUGUCUACCUCGUUCAAGAUUCCAGUAGUGAAGCCAGCUACGCAUUGAAGAAAAUAAGAUGCCCGUUUGGACAAGAAUCCGUAGCUCAAGCUAUGAAAGAAGUUGAAGCAUAUGCGCUCUUCUCACCACAUCCGAAUAUAAUUCAAAGUGUCGAUUACUGUGUCUCGGCAGAUCGAUCGGAUCCUGGGGCGAAGACCGUAUACAUCCUACUUCCAUAUUACAGACGAGGAAACUUGCAGGAUAUUAUCAAUGCGAACCUAGUCAAUCAUACGAAGUUUCCGGAAAAGAGAUUGAUGGUUUUGUUUUUGGGGGUUCUAAACGCCCUGAAAGCAAUGCAUAACUAUAAGGUCAAGGGAGGCCCAGGAGGUGCGAAUAGUCAGAAUAAGGCGAAAAAUGUAAGGGCGGAUGCGGCGAGGGCAGAUCAAGAGGCAGAAGACGAAGUGGCAUCAAGGAGGGGAAGACAAAGAGACAGGGAGACCGAUUCGGAUAGUGAGCAGCAGGAACCACUUAUGGAUGGCGAAGUUACCAUGAGCCAAGAGGGUAUUGCGCCGGGAGGGGCUAGAGCAUAUGCGCACAGGGAUAUUAAACCAGGGAAUAUCAUGAUCGACGACGACGGCGUGCAGCCAAUCCUCAUGGAUCUCGGAUCGCUGGCUCCCUCACCCACGCCGAUAACAUCGCGGUCACUCGCCCUAGCAGUACAAGACCAAGCAGCGGAACACUCCACCAUGCCCUACCGCGCCCCCGAACUAUUCGACGUGAAAACCGGCAGUACGAUAGACACGAAAGUCGACAUCUGGUCACUCGGCUGUACAUUGUACGCCUGUCUCGUUGGAAAAUCACCCUUCGAGAUGCGCAGCGAUGAGACGGGAGGGAGUCUCAGCAUUUGUGUACUCGGCGGAGAUUGGCGGUUCCCCGACGAAGGCGCCGGUGGAAAAAAGAAGACUACGAACCAACCGGGGCAAAGUGAAGAUAGUGGCAUUAGCGAAAGUAUCCGCGAGGUGGUGCGGAAAUGCUUGAAGGUGGAACCUAGCGAAAGACCGGAUGUGGAGGAAUUGAUGGAGAUUGUUAGUGGAGUCAUUGAUGAAUUACCUGAGGAUGGUCCUUCAUAA